AUGAAAUCCUCCCUAGAGCAUGGCACGAAUAAACAUUCCGAUAAAGACUCCCCUCAACAUUUCAGUUACUCGUCUGAGCCAGAAAAUGGCCCAAAGGCGUGGGAGAUAGUGUCACGAUGGGAGACAUCUCUUGGACCAAGUCACGAACACUGGUGGAGACUCACUGGUCCGCAAUUGUCAACGAUGCUGGAAGAAGCGGGAUAUCCAGUACAUAAGCAGCUUGAAAUUGUGCUCUUCCACUAUCACCGAGUAGUGCCUUAUAUGGGCCCCAAACCCGAGCUCGAUGGCAGCUUCAAAUGGAAAUCUCUCGUAUCCUCGGACGGAGUACCUCUAGAGUAUUCCUGGAAGUGGGACACACCUAGUAAAGACCCCGAGAUCCGCUUCACCAUUGAGGCCAUCAACGAGUUUAGUGGUACAGUCGCGGACCCUCUGAACCAAACCCCCGCAAUAGAGUUACUGCAAGGUCUAGAGGGGAGAGUCCCCGAUCUAAAUCAAGACUGGACAAGUCACUUCCUAUCCAACUUUUAUGACCAUGAUAAGGCUAAGUACUUGCGCGAGGCAGAAGAUGGGUCGGGAAUGCCCUUACGGUCGACGAUGCUGGUAUGUUUUGAAUUAGGCAGGAAUGUUAUCUCCACGAAAACAUACAUGGGCCCCCGGAGGCUGGGACAGCAAGGAUUCGCCUGUCUAGCGCAGUAUAUGCCUGCAAUCCGUCAACUUGGUCCCAGCCGUGCACUUGACAUUUUGAAUGAUUUUCUGGGAACCAGCAAAGAAGGAAGCUACUUGAGGCCAUUCAUGCUGGCUGUUGACAACGUCGAACCACCUUCUUCAAGACUGAAACUUUACUUUGCAACAGUUCGAACAAGCUUUGCAUCAAUGCGGGAAAUCAUGACGCUAGGGGGUAGGGUAUCUAGUGACAAGAUAGAACAGAAGUUACGAACCCUACAUGAGCUUGUCAAAGCAAUUAUGCCUGUGCCGCUAGAUCUGCCCGACAACGCAGAUAUCCCGGGCCCUGAGCUGCCAGAGUACAGUGCAGAUGCCACUGCAUCUACCAGUAUCGACUUAGCCACGGAGCGGCCGAAUUUUGUUGUGGGUUACCAGUACUAUUUUGAUAUAGCUCCUGGGGCAGAGUUCCCGGAUAUCAAAUUCUACGCUCCUAUUCGCAAGGAUAUGAUGGAUGAUCUCACCGUUGCGAAUGGCUUGACCCGGUGGAUGGAAUCUCAGGGGCGUGGUGCAUUCUGUCAAAACUAUAUGCGAGUUUUGAGGGGGCUAGCUGGUGAGCGGAGCCUGAGUGAGUGCCAUGGGAUCCAGACCCAUAUUUGUUGCAUGAUCAAGAAGGAUGGGCAGUUCGAUAUCACAUCGUAUCUUGCGCCUGGAGUGCCUGGUUCGUCUAACUGA